AUGGCUUCUUCUUCUUCUUCUUCUCUUCCUUCGGAAAUAAUAUACGAAAUACUAACUCGAACAUCUUUGAAAACACUGGACACAUGCAAGGUCGUUAAUAAAGAAUGUCAUGAUAUGAUUUUCGAAUCGAAUUUCAUGCCACAAUUCUGUGGAAGGAGCCAAAAUAUAUCAGGAUAUUUUGUCCAGACUCUCUUAAAUAACAAGCAUGUCACGGAAUUUGUAUCAAUGGAUGAGUGUUCGGGGAAUAGUAAAGCCCCGUUCCAUCUUCCUAUUGAUGAUAGUAUAGUAAUGCCUCGAUUCAACGAUGAUUUUGACAUGAAGAUUGUGGCCUCCACAAAACAAGGGAUACUAUGUUGUGUUAGAAGAAUCAGAAACAGCUACAGAUAUUUUAUUUGUAAGCCUAGUACUAAGCAAUGGAAGAAAUUACCAAAUCCUAGAGUACGUUAUUCUACUGUCAAAGUUGCCUUGAUUGUGUUGAGCUCAAAUCCUCUGCACUUCAAGAUCAUAAGGUUGUCUUCACCUCGGACUAUGUAUCAUCAUUAUAGAAACUUAGGGCAAGACUACUAUCGCCGUGAAAUUUUUGAUUCAAAAGCUUGGAAAUGGAAACAAGAAAAAGAUUUAUUGGUCCCUGAAUUAUUGCGCUUUGACAUGUUUGCUCCAACAGUUAACACUAGUGGUUUGGUUUAUUUCAAACUAAGGGAUGAUCUAGUAAUGGCUCUAAACUAUAAUGGGGAAGAGGCUUUCCCAAGAUUCGCGCUUCCAAAUGAAGCUUUAGAUUAUGAAGAUUAUCGAUAUAACCAACUUGUGGAGUAUAAUGGGAAGCUAGGGUUUACCUGUUUGUCACCGCGAGGGAUGGGGAUUUGGGUUUUCGAGAAUGAGAAUCAUGUUUGGGAGUUGAAACAGGAAGUAGACAUUGAAACUAUAUUGGGGGUGACAAAUUUUCCAACUCCUGUUGGGAUUUAUAAUGCAGGCAUUGCUUUGAUGAUGGAUUACUAUCAAGUUUUCUUUUACAAGCUGCAAGAUAAGAGCUUUAACAAGGUGAAACUGGAUAAAUGUCGUGCUGUUCAAGAAAUUUUCCCAUUUCGAUCAGAUUUAGAGCCAGUUGAUCUGAGUAUGCAACGAAUCAACAACAUUGUUUCAUCAAACAAACACCUCUAUCGUCUUUUUUGGAUUUUCUUAUUUAGCUUUUGUUUUCAUUCUUCUUUUUGGUAUUUUGUCCUCUCAUGA